GCAGCAAUAACCAUAAAAGGGGCGUACCCAGUAGUUAUGUGCUUGCAUUUGCUUUGCAAGAAAAAGUGGGCACGGCUCAUGGUGCAAUAUGCAAAGUGGCGUAUAUAGCUAUACGUAUAAUUGCAGUUGAGGAGCCUGAAGACUAUCAUGGAACUAAAUGCUAGUGAGGAAAAUAUAAAAAACAAGUUUUCUAGAUAUAGAAAUAUAUUACGGAAGUAUACCGACUCUCAUCAUGCUUUCAAGCUUGUCUUUAAAGGAAAAUCUGUUACAAGAAAAGUAUUGUGGGUUAGUCUAUUUUUUCUGUGUUUCUGUGGUUUCCAGUACGGCGUCACAAGCUCUAGUAUUGCUUUUGCUAAAAUCCCUACAUCAACAACUGUGUUUACAGAUCAAAGGGAUAGAUUGAUUUUUCCUGCAGUCACUAUUUGCAACUUGAACGGCUACAAUGUCUCAUACCUCAAAGAGAACAAUCUCACCAAGAUCAUAAAAACUGCUAUUUAUGACGAAAAGAAUAACGAGGAUUGUGCUUCUUUUGUUCCACCCAACUUCCCCAAAAACAGAACUCUUUACGAUACUGUGCUUGAGACAAGUCAACCUAUCCAUAACCUUGUUGAAGAUUGCCACUUUCUGGGAAGAAAAUGCAAUAUGAGCUCUGACUUUAUUGAAUACCUUGUACCUAAUGGCAAGUGUUUUACAUUUAACGGUAGAAACGCCGAGAGAAACUACAAGACUGUUACUGGAGACGGAUUUCGUCACGCUCUCGAACUGGUGUUGAAUAUUCAGCAGGAUAAAUUUGGUGGCUCUGUAAAUGGUGAAGUUGGUGCUUUGAUAAGUGUACAUGAACAAGAUGUUCCAGCACGUGUUUGGGAGACUGGAGUCACUGUACCUGUCGGCCACAGUGCUUACUUGGCUGUCACGCGUGAGCAAAUUGAAGACAGAACUGGCCGUAGUAAAUCAAAAGAAUUGGAGUGUAUUCAACCAGCGGAUACUCCACAUUUUGACCUAUUCACUAGCUACAACUAUUCUUUCAGUGCCUGCCGUGGUGAAUGCGUUACACAAUCAUUGGUUAAAACAUGUAAAUGUCUGUGGACAAAUUCAACGAAUUCGCUGUAUCGCAAUUGCAACAUCUCGGACAUUUGCUGUAUUUACGAUGUCCUCAAGAAUAGUUCAGAAUGUACAUGUUCAGUGCCAUGCAACCAUACUUCAUACGAAGUCGUACCAAGCUAUUCUACUUUUCCAUCAAGUACAGCUGUCAAUGCAUUAGCAGAUAACUUUAAUGUGAGCCAGGAAACAGUACGAAACAAUUAUGUUAAAGUGCACGUAUUCUACAAGUCCUUGUCAAUCAACCGACAGAUAACGGAAAGGUCAUACAGUUUGACAGAACUGAUAGCCAAUAUCGGUGGCAACAUGGGUCUAUUUCUUGGUGCUAGUAUUAUCUCUAUAACAGAGUUCAUAGUCUUGAUUGCAGACCUGAUAAAGGAACUCUGUGGAAUCAGUGAAAAAAAAUGUGGCAAUUCUUGUGGGCUACUCAAGCAAAAAAUAAAUAAUUUUUAUGCCGAGAAAAAUUGUUGUACCAAGGGAAAGAAGAAAAAAGUCUAUGAAUUAGCUGGAGGACGUGAUGAUGAAAAAAUGAUAGACUUAAUGGAAAAACUUGCGUGAACUAAUGAAAUGAGAAGAAAGUUCUUUAUAAUUAUAAUUAAUGCUUUUAGUGCAGCCGAUGACAAUAGUGUUUUAUCUGUAUGUGUAUAUGAUUAUCGUACUAUUGUAACGUUACGAUGCUGGCC